AUGGCGCUUGUACACUUCGUUGCGGUAGGGACCGCCAUAUUCCUGCUUUUAUAUCCCAUUAUCGAAUAUUUCGUGGACUCGAAGAACCUGCGGCGCUUCCCUUCCCCGGGUAUCGCUGGCUUCUCAGAUCUGUGGGCUCUCCGAUAUCACUGGACAAACAACCGGUACGAGGCGAUACACAAAGCACACCGCCGCCUUGGGCCCGUUGUGCGAAUCCAGCCCCAUCAUAUCUCAUUCACGGACCCGCGAGCCUUGAAAGAUAUAUAUGGACAUGGAUCUGCCAUAAUAAAGGCUCCUUAUUAUGACAACAUCGCCGGCGACUACCACGACGUUGCCAAUUCAAUCGACCGCGCUGAGCACUCCAGGAAGAGAAGGAUCAUGAGCCACAUGUUCAGCCACAAUUAUAUUCUGACCAUGGAAGAAGUCAUCGACCAAGUCCUGUCCGAGCUCAUCAGGGCGCUGGACAAGAGGCUGGCCCAGGACCUUGACAUUAGGUACUGGUUCAAUCUCUUUACAUUCGAUGCCAUCUCUAACCUAUCAUUUUCGCAACCAUUCGGCUUUCUGGAGAAAGGCGACGACCUCACGCUCUGCGAGCGACCAGACGGCUCGACCUAUCCCGUCAAGAUCGUCCAGACGUUCCACGAUGCCACUACGUACGCUGCCUUCAUGGGCCACGCCAGGCCAGGUCUUGCCUCUCUCAUCAAGAACGUCUUCGGCCUUAUUCGGGCACACGGGGCUAAAGCACUGCGAGAUUUCGGAGCCAUGUGCACAUAUCAAGCGAACAUGCGCAUCAAAUCAGGUAAAGGAGACCGAUUCGACUUUUUCUCCAAACUUGAAGAAACCCCUAAGGGCCAGAGCUCUCCGAUGCCUUAUGGUGAACAGGUAGCGGAAGCAGGCAUUAUGCUAAACGCCGGAAGCGACACCACGUCCAGCGGACUGACAAAUACAAUCUUCCUGCUACUGAAACACCCGCUAGCGCUCCGCAAACUCCGCCAGGAGCUGGAAAGCAUCACGGCUGUGAACGAGACCACCCCGGCAUUUGACAAGCUCAUGGGGUCCCCCUAUCUCCGGGCGUGCAUUGAUGAAUCGCUGCGUCUUCGCCCUCCCGUCGCUAUAGGUCUCCCGCGCAUGACGCCUGCCCAAGGAGCAACCAUAUGUGGCUAUUUCAUCCCCGGCGCUGUCACCGUCUCCGCCCCUAUUCUGGAGCUCAACAGGCAUCCGGAUCUUUUCCCCAAUCCCGACGAAUUCGACCCUGACAGAUGGUUCGAUGAGAAGCAGCUACCCAAUCUCAAGGAAUACGUCCAGCCAUUCUCGAUCGGCGGUAGAGGCUGCGUUGGGAGGAACCUGGCGAUGAUUGAGCUUACCAAGGUCGUCGCCACUGUGGUAAACAGAUACAACGUGGAGCUUUUGCAGGAUGAGUUGCCUUUUGUUGAGAGGUUCAAUAUGAACCCAGGGGCAUGCCAUGUCAAGCUGACCAUGCGGAAGAGGUAG